CCGGUCGUUCGUAGCUUCUCGCAAGCAACGGCCGAGGUCGCUUGUUCUUCCUCGCCGGCGCGCCGCCAUCCUCCCUCCCCGCGACGGCCAGGUGGGGGGCAGCGUCUCUCUCACCAGUCCCCACUCUUCUCCGACACGAAGGGAAUUACCAGUCUUCCGCCGCUCCUCUCACCCCGCCCCGGCGCGAGCUUCCCCCCCUCGCUGGCUUGCUCCAUCCGUCCAUCUGCGCUCGUGCCUUCCCUCGCUCCAGCGUAUAGACUUCUGGAGGGAACCACGCUGCGGCCACCAUUAGUUCGAUCAUUGCAAGCGACAGUAUCUAUAUCUGGAUCCUGAAGUGCCUGGGAAAUGAGUGCAGGUGGAGCGUUUGGUGGAAACAGGGGAGUGAGGCCUGUACCUCCUGAAAAGGGUGUAUUUCCUCUCGAUCAUCUGCACGAGUGUGACUUGGAGAAGAAGGACUAUCUUGCUUGCCUGAAAUCAACAGGGGCUCAGUCUGAAAAAUGUCGGAUGUUCUCGAAGAAAUACUUGGAAUGUAGGAUGGAGAGAAACCUGAUGGCGAAGCAAGAUAUGUCAGAGCUUGGGUUCGGUAACGCUGACGUUGUGGUUGCACCUUCAGAGGAGAAGGACAAACUGCAGAGUUCAGCAAGUGAUUCGAAAGAGAGGAAAUAGCUGGUAAAUUUGCAAGUUGCUUAUCUGUGAGAAAAAAGAUAAAUAUAAAAAAGAGAAUAACAAGGAAAACAAUGAGAACUGACACUUAGAUAACUUGUGUUUGUGUAAUUCGACAAGUGCUAUGUGUGGGUUAGAUUAUGGAUGCGGAGGAGCGUCUCGUGUUCUUAUGCUAGUUGUCUGAUAAACUAAGUUAUGGACCCAUGCGCCUUUUUGGAUUGUACUCCCUCCGUUUCAUAAUGUAACGCAUAUAGAUUUUCUAGAAAGUCAAACAUUACAAACUUCGAACA